GCCAGAAACAAACAGAAAUGCACAAAAUCCGUGAGCAGCAGAAAGAAUUUGGCCUCAGUGAAUUCUCGAAGAUGUUUAUUGAAAAACUAAAUACCAUAAAUGCGGAUAAGAAGAUGUAUUUCCUUAAAUGGCUGGGGAUUCUCCUAGAUGAGUACACUUCGAAAGAUCUAUGCAAGCUUCAUCAUGAAUAUUAUGAAAAAUGGUCAAAAGUGCUGGAUUUGAAAAAGGAACAUGAUAAAUCUGAGCAACUGACAAUAGUACAGAUACAGAUAUCUAGAAAAGCUAUCAGAAAAGCUGAAUGCAGCCACAUUUGGCUUGGAGCACAUACUAAGAAAGAUUGGCCAGAUAUAUGAAUCAAAUAUUUCGGCGAACAAGAAGAAUAAAGGAUUUUGAUGUAAACUAGAUGUCAGGCCACUUCCACAGUUUGCUGCAGAGCUCAUGAUCUCCGGAUACCCACUGGAGCUGAUGGAUGGUGAUGCAGCUCAUGUGCCUCUCAUUUGGGUUCAGGCGGUUCUAGGUGAACUUAUUAAAAUGCUGGGUGACCCGAAAGUAUUUGUGUUGUCAAUUUUGGGAAUCCAGAGCACUGGAAAAUCUACCAUGCUGAAUGCCAUGUUUGGAUUGCAGUUUGCAGUCAGUGCUGGUAGAUGCACCAAAGGAGCCUUCAUGCAGCUGGUCAAGGUGUCUGAGGAACUAAAAAAACAGUUAAACUUUGACUACAUUAUUGUUGUAGACACUGAGGGUCUUCAUGCUCUAGAGUUGCCUUGCAGGUCAUCAAGACAUCAUGAUAAUGAAAUGGCAACAUUUGUGGUCGGUCUUGGAAACAUGACUUUGAUUAACAUUUUUGGUGAGAAUCCAGCUGAGAUGCAAGACAUCCUUCAGAUUGUUGUUCAAGCCUUCCUGAGGAUGAAGAAGGUACAACUGAACCCCAGCUGCAUGUUUGUACAUCAGAACGUUGGAGACAUCACAGCGGGCGAGAAGAACAUGGUAGGGAAAAAACACUUGCAGGAAAAACUAGAUGAGAUGACUCAACUAGCUGCUAAAGAAGAAGUCUGUGGCGCAGAAUGUUUUAGUGACGUCAUUGAAUUUAAUAUAAAGACUGAUGUGAGGUACUUUGCCCAGCUCUGGGAAGGCAGCCCACCCAUGGCACCACCCAAUCCAUGUUACAGUGAAAAUGUGCAGGAGCUUAAGAGCACUAUUCUUUCCCGUGCCUCACAAUAUAAAGGUUUGACACUGUCUCAAUUCAAAGAUCGUAUUGGAGACCUCUGGAAUGCUCUUCUGAAUGAAAACUUUGUUUUCAGCUUCAAGAAUACUUUGGAGAUUGCAACAUACAGAAAAUUAGAAGAGGAGUACACAAAAUGGACCUGGAGUCUCAGAAGUGCCAUGCUGGAGAUUGAAGACAAAUUGCACAACAGAAUCAACAACAGGCAGCUUCACAAAGUUGAGAGUCGAGACUUGGAAAAGGAGAUGGCAGAGACCAAUGAAGAGGUAAAAACAUCCAUGAGACAUUACUUUGAAGAACACAAAGAAAGGGAUACGUUGAUUCAGUGGGAAUUGAAAUUUCAAGAAAAAAUCAAGCACUUGCAUUGGGAGCUUGUGAGGGAUGCAAAAGUAAAACUAGAGAACAUCAUCUAUCAAAGGGAAGCUCUCAUUAAACUGGUUGGAGAGAAAACUCUGCAUGAGCGAAAACUCCUUGAAAAAAGCAAAGAACUUGCAUUAAGACUUAAACAAAAAGGUCUAGAUGAGAAAGAGUUAAAGGCACAGUUUGAUUCUGUGUGGGAAACGUGGGUCUCUCGGUUGACAGGGGAUGCUAAACCUUUUGACGAUCUUAACUUAGAAUGUGACAAAAUAACAAUAAUAUCUGAAAUUUACGAAGAAGCACUUGUGCGUGACAGAUUAAAUAAAUAUGAACUCCUAUAUCAAAUCACCGAUUUUACCACAUAUGUAAAUCCCAUCAGAAAAUCCUGGAUGAGCAAAACCUUUGGCCUUCCACCAGAAGAACAAGAGUCAAUACAAAAACUGUUGAAAAGUAUUUUUCAUAAAACUGUGAAUCAGGUGUCGUCAAAACCAGUUGCAAAGAUGGGAUACAACAAAAGCUACAUUCAAGAAAUUGCUAAGCUUGUAAAAAUGAAUGUCGGAAACCACAAGUGCAUAAACGCACAAUAUGAAUUCAAGAAAGAGUUCACAGUUGACCUGACAAUCAGUGCUUGUCAGUGGGCAGGUGAGAGGUUUGCCAAGCUCCAUCAGGAGUUCAGAAACACCAAUGAUCCCUUGAUUUAUUUAGAGAGAAAGAAACCAGAAUACUACAGCGUGUUCCAGGGAUUCUGCAAAGGUGCCAAAUCUGUGACAGUAUUUGGAGCCUUGAUUUGUAGUGAGCUGAAAACCCCCAUUCUCCAGAGUGCCUACAACAAGACUGCAAAUGAUCUAGCAGGAGAGAUGCGGACAAAUAUUCCAGCUUUCAAAGGAAACAGGUCAAACCUGGAGAAACACAUUCUGAAAGCACUCGCAGAGGAGGAGGACUUUGCAAAGUUUAUAAAGUACAUACAUUUUCCAAGGGACCACUUUGAAGAUUUCAUCAAAGCUGAAGUGAAAUCUUAUAUAACAGGGCAGAACUCCUCAGCUCUUGCAAUGAUUAAAGAGAAAAUCAAGCACAAGGGACAAUGUGUCAUCACAGCUGCUGAAACGGCAACAGCUAAAGUCAUGAACAAAACAGGAGAUGCCAAUAUGUGGCUGGAGAUCUUCUCAGACUGUCUGAAAGACGAGCUUGAAUACAGUAAAGAUCAUCUCACUGGCAACUGCUGUCAGGACAUCACUGAUUUUGAACUUCUAGUGGAGGUUGUGAAAAGAGAACUUCCUCCCAUAAUAGCAGAGUUGAACAGAGACUUAACAAUGCCCUCUGAUAUUAAAAUGGUAAUGUUCAGGGAACCACCAGAUGAGUUUUUGAUUAAACAUUUCUGCCAGUGCUGCUGGGUCCAGUGUCCCUUCUGUAAAGUUGUCUGUGUCAACACAAUGGAAGACCAUCUUGGGGAUCAUAUUGCUCCCUUCCAUCGUAACUGUGGGAUGAGAGGGAUGAUUUACAAAGGAACAAAUAAUCUCUGCUUGUCAUUCUGCACAUCUUCAGUGGCAAGUGAUGGUUACUUUUAUCCAGAUAUUCAAAAAGAGGACACAGUUUUAUGGAAGGAGUACAGAACAGCAGGUCCAGAGUUUGAGAACUGGUCCAUCACGCCUGAUCUCUCAGAGCUGCCAUACUGGAAGUGGUUUGUGUGUCGAUUCCAGGCUGAUUUGGAAAAGUAUUAUAACAAAACGUUCAAUGGUUGUGGUAAGAUUCCAAAUGAAUGGAGAACCUACACAAAAGAGCAAGCUAUAGAGAGCUUGGAGAAAUAUCUGUAAGUUUAAUCGCUAGCUUGAAUAUUUAAAUAAACUGUGAAACCACAGUGUCCUAUAAAGCCUGGAGUUUACUGCCAAUAAGUUUUAUUGUUCUUACCACUUUCUAAAGGCCUUUUUAUGAAAAGAUUUCAUUCGAAUUAUGGCAGAUUUGUAGUUAUUUUAUACAUAUAUUACAUGUACCAUUAGUUUCCUUUAACAUUCCAUAGUUUUUUAGUGUAUGUGUGUGUGGAGGGGUGGGGAAUUGGGGUGUAUUGGGUUCAUAAUAAAAAUAAAAAAAAGUCUACUUUAUGUUUGCCUAGUUGUAGUCCGUACUGACAUUUGUUACCUGUAACAUCAUAUUAUUAGUAUUCCAAUGAAAUUACUGUGUACUGUGCUGUUUACUUCAGUGAUUGCAAUAAAGAUGCUUUCAUUUUUUUGAAGUUUUUAUUACUGCAAAUAAUGUCUCUUAGAGUAAAUUAUUUACAGGACAAAAUCAAUUUUAAGUGAAGAAAGUAUAAUUUCAUGUUUAUCUUAUCAUUUUGAUUACACACCAAAGGUUUUGUAAGGACUUUGAGGGGUAUGCUCCAAAACUCGUCAAAAAAUUGUCAGCCAUCAAAGCUGAACAGAAAGUCUCUCUCCAAACUCAGUUAGAAUUAUCUCAAGACAAUCAAGAUGCAAAAAUGCUAAGGGAUUUUUAAUAUCUUGAUUGGUUUGGGCCAUGGUUAAAAAUGAAAAAAAAGGAAGUGUGCUAUAACUUUGGCAUACAUUGGCAGAUUUUGAUCAAACUUCAGCAGUUUGUUCAUUGUGUGAAGCCAAUGACAUAGACAAAGAUUUUUAAUCAUCCUCUCAUUUUUACCGGAUUUGCUUCAGACUUUGUCAAAACCU